AUGAAGUUACUCUCUGUCGCCCUUGCGCUUGUCGGGACUACCCAGGCAGGUCUUCGCUUUGGAUGCUCAACCUUGACCAUCCAACGCCUUGAUCCCGUCGUCCAGCCUGGCAGUCUACCCUCUUCGCAUCUUCAUCACAUCAUCGGCGGAAAUGCCUUCAAUGCCACCAUGACCGGCGAUGUUGGCGCGAGGGGCACUUGCACCACCUGCCAGAUGUCAGAGGACUUUUCGAACUACUGGACUGCCGUCAUGUACUUCAAGCAUCCUACUAACGGAUCCUACCACCGUGUGCCCGUCAUCAACAACGCAGCCCUUGCAGCGGGUACUACUGGUGGAAUUACCAUUUACUAUACCCAGUACGACCUUAGCAAGGACAACAUCCAGCAGCAGCCUAUUAAGGCCUUCCCAGCUGGCUUCCGUAUGACGGUUGGCAGCCCAACUCAGACCACCAAGCCACACGCCGGCCUCAGCUAUAACUGCCUGACGACCCUUCUUAAUAGAGGUCCGGAGCUUUCUGACUUCCCUACCAAGCCGUGCCCAGCCGGCAUCUUUGUUACUCAUCACUUCCCCGCAUGCUGGGAUGGCAAGAACCUCGACAGCCCCGACCAUCAAUCACACAUGUAUAACACUGUCAGCACCGUCGGCUUCAUCAACGCCGGCCCAUGCCCGGCAACCCAUCCUGUCCGGAUGCCGCAGUUAGUUUACGAAACCGUAUGGGAUACAACCCAGUUUAACAGCCUGUUCACCGCGGGUACCAACCCCUUCGUGUGGAGCUUCGAGGGUACCAGCGGAUUCGGCACCCAUGCCGACUAUAUGUUCGGCUGGAAGGGCGACGCGCUUCAGCGCGCCAUGGACAAGUCCGAGUGCUUCUACGACGGCUGCGGCUCAAUCACGACGCAGGCCAUGUCCGUCGCCAAUCAGUGCAAGGUCAAGCAGUUCGUUAAUGAGAAUAUCGACGGAUGGGUCGACCAUCUUCCGGGUAUGGAGGUG